UUCAAUGCAGAUUUCCGUAGUGUUACCAAUUUGCAUUGUUGUGUCACCAAUAGGGGCUGCCCAUCUUCACAAGCAUUUUCCUCUUGCAAAACUGAAGCUCUGUGCCCGUUAGACACUAGCUGCCCAUGGCCCCCCCCCCCCCAGCCUCUGGUGUCUGUUUCUCUGAAUUUGCCCAUUCUAGAGACCCCCUUGAAGUGGAAUCAGGCAGUGCUUGACUUUCGCCAUUGGCUUAUUUCACUUAGCAUGAUGUCUUCAAGGCGUGGCAUGGUAUUAGAAGCUGGUUUUGCCCAAGUCUGGUUUUCUGCUGCUGUCUGAUUCUGUUUAAUGCCCACCCUCCCUUUCCUGGGAUGCUUGUUCUUGGCCUUAGAUACGUGGUCUUCCUGGAGCUGUUCCUGCAGACGGCAGAGAAGCACUUCAUGGUGGGACACAGGGUCACCUACUAUGUCUUCACCAACCGGCCCACCGAUGUGCCCAGGGUGCCCCUCGCGGAAGGGAGACAGCUGGUGGUCCUGGAGGUCCGAAACUAUUCGCGCUGGCAGGAUGUGUCCAUGCACUGCAUGGAGAUGAUUAGCAACUUCUCGCAGCAGCGCUUCCUCCUCGAGGUGGACUACCUGGUGUGUAUGGACGUGGACAUGAAGUUCAGCGACCACGUGGGUGUGGAGAUCCUGUCCCCCCUCUUCGGCACCCUGUACCCCGGUUUCUACAGGGCGGCCUGCGAGGCCUUCACCUACGAGCGCCGUCUACAGUUCCAGGCCUACAUUCCGAGAGAUGAGGGUGACUUUUACUACGCAGGAGGCUUUUUUGGGGGUUCAGUGGUCGAGGUUCUCCAGCUGACCACGGCCUGUCACCAGGCGAUGGUGGUCGACCGGGCCAACGGGAUCGAGGCCGUGUGGCACGACGAAAGCCACCUGAACAAGUACCUUCUCUACCACAAGCCCACCAAGGUGCUGUCCCCAGAGUACCUGUGGGAUGAACAGAUGCUGCAGAGGCCUCCUUUCCUCAGGAAACUGCGCUACGUGGCGGUGCCCAAGAAUCAUGCGGAAAUCUGGAACUGAAGAGCCCAGGGCCCAGGAGAUCUCCAUCCAAGGCUGCAGCUUUAGCAGGUCUUCCCCUGGUCAAGGGAUCAACCAAAGAUUUGAUGCUAUGGAUGAGUCCCUGGGCCUUGGUUUCCUCUUCUGGAGAGGCUCCCACCACUCUUCCUUGUAUUGAACCUGGGCUCAUCCUUCAUGAUGCCCACAAGUUCACCUUCCCCUGGAAGGUUUCUUUGAUUGUGUCUUCCUCCUCCUAUUGAAAUGCACUGCUCUUCGCUCUGCAUCCCUAUAAAGCACUUAGUGUAUUCCUUUGGCCAGAUCUGCUGCCAUUCUGCUCACAUUGCCCAUUGGUCUUGCUCAUUACAAUGUGAGCUCCUGAGGGCAGAAGCUAAGACUUCUUCUUCUUAUAGGUCAGUACCUACCACAGUGCCUUAUGCCCAGAGACUCUCAAAACAUGACCCCUAAACACCUGGUGUACCCUGUACCCAGACAAUGGGAGAGGCCCAGCCUGAAAGCACUUUUCUGGGUUUGGUUUGGGUGUAUGAUAGCUUGUUGCUCUGGGUUGUUUGUCUUUUUCUUAUGGGUUUUGGGGAGUUUGUUUUGUGUUUUGGGUGUUAGUACUUUUUUCAGACACAUGCUAAAAAUCUCUUCUUCUAGUUUGUAUGUUGCUACUUCAACUCUUUUAACAUAGGUAAAUUUAAGAACUCAUCUCCUGCUUUGAAAUCAUGAAGAUAGUGUCUUAUGUUAGAAGAUAGUGUCCAAAAGCUUUAUGUUUUUGCCUCACACUUAGGUCUUUAAUCUACUGAUAAUGACUUGUGUGUGCUUUUAAUGUAAGGAUUUGAUUUAAUUUUCCUUUCUCUGGAUAAUGAUUAUCUGAGCACCACUUAUUGAAAACAUGUUUGAAAACUUCCGGGAAAGUUCUUUUCCCUGACUUGCACAAUCUUCAGCCUCCUACUGUCAACUGUCCCCAUGUGCCUGGGUUUGUCUAUUGGUCUGUCCUUGUGGCGAUAACACACCAUCUUCGUUACUCUAGGCCCAUAAUCAAAUCUUGCUAUCUGGUCCGGCAAGUCCUCCCACCUGAUUCUUUAAGAGUAUUUUGAUUGCUCUUGGCCUGUUGCAUUUCCAUCUCACUUUUAAAUCUUCUGUCAAAUUACAGAAAGGAGCCAGCUGGAGUUUUAAUAUAAUUUCAUUUAUUUAUUUAUGUUUUUGAGAGAGAGAGAGAGAGCAUGCAGGC